UGAGGACGGCAGAGCCGAAGUAUUCGAAUACGAGUGCUGUCAAUGGGGAAGAUUCACAGAAUGGUUUUCAGGACAAGAGGAGAAGCAAAAGGGUCGAGUCUUGGGCACGGGCGAGAUUUGAUGCGUGGAGAGCUUUGCACAAGAGACCCACUGCAGAGGCUAUCGAAGAUUUAUGUGAUCAUGAUAGGAAGGAGUUGGAAGAGCUGGUGGAAUUGUUCCUUACUCAAGUGUGUAAACAGAAUGGCAAGGAGUAUCCUCAUCAGACCAUUGGAAGUCUUCUAAGGGCUUUGGGACGAGUUACUCGUGCUCAUCAAGAAGCUCGUAUUGCUGAGACGCAAGUGCCCGAGGCACCGUUAAAUAUUAUGUCAGAUGUUAGGUUUAAGAAAGCCGGACAAGCUGUGAGCGAUAAUGUAGCUUCAGCUGGUAGGCUUGGUUUGGGGAAGAGACGCAAGUGCAUUUCUAUCUUGACCUUGCUUGAUGAAGCGGCCAUGCUUGCUCUUUCCACUUACAAGUGUACUAGUGCAAAAGGCUGCUCUAUGCGGUUUGCGUAUUUCUGCACCCAGAAGUUUUUCAUCCGUGGCACAGCAGAGCUUCACGAACUUACAGACAUGGACUUUACACUCGGAAAGGAUCAACAUGGCGAGUUCUUACGGCAUGAUUUUCACAGUAUAUUAUUUUCAUGUUUUAUUAGCCUGCACUUCUUUAAAGACAUGACAACCAUAAAUUGUGGACCCAUACUUUGGUUACGAGAACAUGUUAAUGCAUGAAAGAAUGUGGGAAAUUAAUUUUUGGGCAGUAGUGCCAAACUAUUGGAUUAUCCGUUCUAUUAUCUGUUUAGCACGUCAUUUUUGGUGUUGCAGCUUAACCAGUCAUUUUUUUUUUUUUUCACCACUAUAUAUUGUGUUACCACGUUAACUCUUUGAUAUAGUUUCUAAAUAUCUGGUUA